AGAACGGAAUGACGUUUGGCAGUGUAUGCUAUCUGAGAUAUUCCUGAUCUGUUCAUUUGCAACAGCUCUUCAAUUUCCGCCGUCAAAAGAGGAUAUGCUCAUGCCAUACAGUGACUUCUAAUCUGGUAUUUUAGAAGCCUAAUAAAAAAUAGACGCUUGAUACAAAGGAGCCCCAAGCUUGUUGAUAACAAUCUCAUUUCCGGAUUACACUGUUUCGAAAGAGGCAGCUUAGAAGCAGCAAAACUAGAGACACACCUCAAAAUGGCGACCUCUUGCGCACAACGUUAAAAUGGAUCUUGUAAAGUUUCUAGAAAAUUCAUCCCCUCCCAAUACUGUCCAUCAAUUCUCUCAAUACAAGAUACGUUAACUUAUUGAAAAUCUGUUGGCAUUGUUUCUGUUACUUCAUCAAAGGUGAGUUAAUAUAAUGUAUUUGUUCAUUUAAUUUUCAAUUCAUUUUAACUUUUUAUCUAUGGUAAUCCAUAAAUAAAUUUUAAUAUAUAAAUGGUGAUUUGCAAAAAGACUCGCUUAAAUGGAUGUGAUAAAAACCCUUUAUUAAAAUAUUAGCAUAAUCACUACAAAUAAAGAAAAAGCAAGAUGAAUCUUAGUUCUGCUUCAUGUUCUUUUCAAAAUAUGAAAAAAGAUUCUGACCAGUUGACAUUCUCAGCAAGAGUUAUUUAAGGCCCUUUUUAGAGUUCUUCAGCUGACGAUUAAUAGCUUCAGAUUCACUUUUUAAGAUGUAUCUAAUGAAUAAAUCAUUUAUACUCAAAAUGUGCACAAUUCAUUCCACUAACUCUAUGCUAUUUAGUGUUUUAUCACAAUCUUAAAGAAGAAAUUUAAUCUACGUGUAGAGGUUCCCAGGGACUUGGAGAGAAUUCAAAAAGAGACAGGAAAUUUCGAAUUAACAUCAAGCCAACUGAUCAUUUGGAGUUUUGGGAACACUCAGGAAAAUGUCCGGAAGAUGAAAUAUGAUCAGCAAAAUUCCCACAUUCAAAAUUUUCAAAUUUGACGAUAUUAUCAGAAGAAGCUUGCCACGCUAUGUGAUUAUAAUGGAACAUCAAUGUGAUCUGACCAAUAAGCAAAAAGGUAUCGAUUUUGAAACUUUUGCCUUUUCAAACAACUUGCUUCUCUAAAGCGUAAUGAUAGUGCAGUCGUUUAGUUUUAGCAGUUGCUUUGUGCAUUUUAUGUUACAACAAGUCUGGUACAAGUACCCAAUCCGAUCUGCUGAAUACGAUAAAAGGAAUAUCAACCUUUGAAAACGCCCUGGAAACUGAAAUUAGUUGCAAACAAAACAUUCCAUAUCCCUAAAAGUGUACAUUUGGUCCCACCUGCUAAACGCAAAUGGAUCUUUGCUGCAAAAUCCUCUUGAUAUUUUCUUUGUGCAAACAGCAGUAUAUUUUCAAUUUUCUUGUCACAUCCUCUUUCAUCAAUACGAUAAGAUUCAUACCAAGCUUUGAAAACACCCCUAAACGCUAUUUUCAGACCAAGAAACUUGUACCCAGUUCCCCAUUGGGUAUUGCGCUUUAAAAGACAUUAACAACAAAAUAUUUCGUGAGAUAAAUUUUCGGCGGAUAAACUUCGUCGAAAAAAUUUUGGACAACUUUUCAGAUUUUCGUCGUGACAAAAUUUCAUCGUCACAAAAAUUCGUCGAGGAUUUUUAACACUGAGUACUAGCAUUAGCACAGAAGCAUAAGAGGCAAAACGAUACAGUUUGCUCAUAUUCAUUUCCAUAGUUACUGACUCCGUGGAGACUUUGGGGCUUGAGCACCCGUUCGCAAUGAGGAGGCGGUAUAUUUUCUCAAGGUAUGCGAAGUCAAAUCAAAAGAGGCGAUUUUAGCACUCAAAGGGUCUUUACUCUCUAUCUAUAUGGUAUGAAAGUUUAUUAAUGAAGUAUAAUUAAUAGAAUAUGUAUAAAUAUAAGUAAAAGAUUCGGAAAGCAUAAGUGCAUCUACAAUAAAAGAUUUGGUCUGGGAAUUUUGCACUCUGUAGAGUUCAAAGUUUGGGUUGAAAUGUGCAAAUACCUUAUACAAAUGAAAUAAAUAGUACAUUUCAGUGUAAAAAGAUAAAGGUAGGAUCCUUUGAAAUUGGCGACAAGAGACAGUUAGAACUAUUUAUAUCAAACAAAGUUAGCUCAAGGACCGACAAUGAUGAUGAUGAUUAUGACGAUGAUGCCGAUGAUGAAGGUAGUGAUAAAGGCGAUGUAAAUGAGGAUAAUGGCAAAGUUGGCAUCGAAUAGGUUAAAAGGCUACAUAAAUUUGAUUUUCUAUGUGAAUUCUCAAAAAUCUGAAAUGUAAAAAAUUUCGUCAUGACCAAAUUUCGUCCCUUUUUGAAUUUUGAAUGUUUUGUAGUUAAUGUAUGCUACGUAAUAAUCUGACACUUUUUUCAAACGCAAUUUGACUUGCUGAAUAAAAUGAGACACAGAUCAAACUUUAAAAUUUCCCGUUAAAAUUUGAAAUUUCAUACUUAAAUACUUUUAGCCAGAACUAUAUUGGGUAUUGCAAAAUAACUAUGCAAGUUGCCAAACUAAGACUUUGUUCUUUAUCGUAAUUUGAUUUGCUGAAUAAGAUUUGCUGCAUAUAUGUCCAGCCUGCAAAAUAAAUAUAUCCAUUAAGUAAUCACCUAUAAAAUGUAUCUUCGGUUAUAAGCUAGAAAUAAACAGCUUAUAUACUGUAAAAAACAUGGUAGUUUUUGCCAGUUUACAGACUUUGCUAGUUCAAAUAUAAAAUCCUCGAAUUAUGAACAACGCCAAGGUGUCCACAUCUGUAGCGAAUACGUGACAAGGAGAAUGAAAACCAUUCGUGCCCUCGCCGUGAUUUACGAAAAAGAGAAGUAAACUACUUGAACGUUUUAAGAAAUUUUGCCUUUAUUCUGGAUUUCACUUCAAAUUUCACAUACAACAAAUGCUAUUCCCGAUGCAAAAGGCAGUUUUUAUUUCACACUGACGCUUUCAACAUCAAUUUUUUUCAGCUUUUAUAACCGAGAACGGCACAAACAGUAAAAGCAUAGGAACAUGUCAUACCCUUUCUAGGGAGACCAUUGCCACUCAGGUUUCAUGUAUUUUAACUCGCUAUGUACUUAAAAUAUUUUUGGAGAUAAACUGAUAAUACGGGGGUAAACUGAUAUAUAUUUGGUAGAUGCGCCUGCUAAGAAUGGUAUUUUAAACGUUGUUUAACGAGGAAGUAUUUUCUCGGAUAAAACACAUGUAGAGGCGAGAAACAAAUUCAUCCACGGUACAAAGACAAACGCCAGUGAUCGCUUUUCGUGAUGAUUUCAAAAAGAAGUCGUUGGAAAUUCGAUUUCUUACACUUUUUAGCACCACAGGCGUAGGAACUAUUUAAAAAUUUAGGUGGGGACAUGUAGGAAAAAGUGGAGGUUUUGUUUAUGCAUGGGUACGGGGAUGUACCCCCAACCUGGCUCCUGCGUCUAUUUUUGAUACUAAAAACCCAGCAGCGAAGUAGUGAACCUGACUGGGAACAAUAAAGAAUAACUGAUCAAAAAACUGAAUAUAUAAAGGUUAUUAUCCGUCUCCACGUUGGUAUAGCUUUUGAAACCUUACACUGUAGCUUUAAAAGGAAACAUGGGGCUUGUACAUACAUUUUUAUCAUGUGAAGUUAUUUUCCUGAACACAAACUGCCUGGGUCUAGAAAAAAUUCUUAACCAAUUUGACAAUCUUCCAUAUUUGGCAAGACGAUGGCUUAAAACCUAGUGCCCAUUCCCAAAUAAGACUUUCUUUCCAUUAACGUGACAUUGAUCUGACGUCAGUAUUAACGUCGCAUCAAGGGCAAUCGAAUUCACUUUGCUCAGUAGAACGAAAGAGACCAGCAACAAACUUUCAUCGCGAAGCUUCAACAAGUAGACUCGAAUCAUGGGGAAUAUGAUUUCUAGGCAAAGAACGCGAGGAGGUUCGUUGAAAUUACUUGUUUUGAAGUAAAAAUUGAUUGGAAUCGUAGCUUACAGUAUUUUUUACUACAUAGCUACAACUUAUAAAGACGGGAAGUAACAAGCGACAUAACAACACUGUAAUACACAGGUUUAAUUAACACUUGAAUUUGUUUAAAUAACAUUGAAGACUAGCUAUGAAAUUUAAAGAUAUUUAUAAGCAUCAAGGUUUUCCUGAUGACUUAUGCUGCUUCAAUACCUUUGUAAGCACUUUUCUGAACAAGGGGCGAAAAUAUAUCACAAACAUAGAAUAAUAGUCUUGUCUCCUAAAAAAUUACUUAGUUCAAGUUGCUUAUUAUUUUUACAUCUCGUAGAAAAACAACGCUUGAGAGAGCAAAUCAGCGAAUUGUCAGUAAUGCUUUACUCCUUGCAACAAGAAGUCGCUUUUCAAAAGACUAAAAUAGAAGAAAAGGAGAAACAACUUGAUGAUGCUGCAAAAGAGAAUUGUAAAGAAAUACGAACCUGUAACGAAAAGGUUGCCGUUGUGAAAGAAAUAAUGGAUAGAACAUUUAACAGGAUCGAGAACGAUAUCCAGGCUUGCAGAGCGAAGGUAGAGCAAGCAAGAGCCACCUUUGAUGAAGACAAAAAACAUCUUACGAAACUAAUUGAGAGCCAGGAAAGCUGCAGCAAAGAUUUAAUAAAAGCUGUGAGCAAUUACGAGCAGGGGCGCGUUUCAAUCGAGGAAUUUAAUGCCCUGAAAGCCACAUUGGAGACUCUGCAGAGUACAGUCGAUAUGACAAAAGAAUCAGUGCCAUCGCCAGUGCGCCAGAUGAUAAAGGAUCGGUCGAGUGAAUGGGACAAAGAAGUGCUGGAAAUGGUCGAGAAGUACCAAGAGACCCGUGGUUUUCUUAUGGAGCUCAUCACCCUUGAUCUUAGUCACGAGCGUGACAUUGUGGGCAUGAAGUAUCGAUUGGAGAAACUUGAGGAAUUUUCAAACACCAGUCAAAAAUCCUCGGGUGAAUUUCUCCCUACGCCUUCCUUGCCAGAAAUUGAGCGAUUAAAGUCUGUUCACUCAGAAGCACCAAGUCUACGAAAGUCGUUCUCAAAGCAAGAGCCAAUUGAUGCUGACACAUAUCAACUAAAAUUCUCAAAGAUAAGCUCUGUUAUGAAAAGGAUGAAGGAAAGCGUCACCGAAGCAAAAUCUAUCCAAUAAAGAAAAAAAAUCAAUGAUGGCAUACGUAUUUUCAGACAAAUGGGUUUAUAAACUGUCAAAUUUAAUGCAUGAAUAUUUCAAAUAUUCUUUGGAUAUACUAAAGUCAAUGUAAUUUUCAUGAAAACUAUCUGCUGAUGAACUUUUUUGUCUUGUUGAAAAAUCUGCCUCUUUAAAUAUAUCUUAAAAAUUUCAGCUUGUUUCUAGCGAGAAUAUUUUUAAAGAAAAAUAGGUAGUAUCAUUUUACUUUUAGUAGAGAUCAGUAAAAGGGAUCUGGAGGAAACUUAGAACGAAAAAUGGGUGUUGUAUAUAAUCUGAUUUGGUCUUUCUUAUUGAAUUUAAAGUUUGCGGAAAGUGGGUGUUUUCUUUGGGGGAAGUAAAGGACUUUUGGGGGUUGGGGGAAUACUGUGUCUUUCAAAAAUUGUUCUCAGGGAAGCAGCUAAAUAGAGCCAAGUUUUUGUAUCUCGUUGAUCAGGAGAAACCUCAUUAACAUAGCUACAAAAUCAUGUGUUAUCAUACAGAAGACUAUAACGAAACAAAGUAUUUGCUAUUUGCUACACAAUAUGUCCUACGAAAGACUUUUCUCAUUUUUCUAUCUUGGUUUUGAGGAAAAAAUUGUUUAUGAUAUCCUUAGCAUCAAUUUCUACAGCCUGUAGUCUUUCUGCCAUUGCACUGAGAAUAUUCCAGCUUUCGCUGCCAUAAGUGUAAAUGUAUUGGACAAAUGAAGCCUUAUUUUUGAUUCUAUUUUCUGAAAGAAAUUCUUUGCUAUGCCAACUCUUCUUUCGAUUUUGACCCUCACUUUCUUUGCCUGAUGUUGUUACCAUCUACUUUCAAUUCACAGACCGGGUGUUGCUUUCUCUUACUAAUAACCACCCAUUCUGUUUUAUUGCAGCUUGAUUGGAGGCUGAUGUUUCUGCUUUCAUCUCCUACUUUGUUUAGCAGUGCCUUUAGUUUCUCUUGCGAUGUUUCGGUAAUAGCUGCAUUAUCAGGAUAUCAUUUUUGUGAUGUUCCUUCUCCAAUAGUAGGUCCUUCUAACUCGUUUAUUUUUCUUAAUAUCAUUUCACUGUAUAUGUUAAACAAAUCGGGGGAUAAUACACACCUUGCAGGCACCGCGGAGCAUUGAGAAAAGUGGAGGGUCUAAAAAAAAUGUGGGGGGGGGAGGGGGGGCUAAAACCGUAUAAAAAGAGGCUUUUCUGGUAGUUUUAUAUUUAAUAUUUGGCAAUUUUUGCUAAAGCCCCCUCCCCAACCCCCCUGCUCCGCGGUGCCUGCCUUGUCUUACACCUCUUUCAAUCUUUGCGUAUUUGCUAUGAUCAAGUCCUACUCUGAUACAUGCAGUUUGCUCCCAUUGCAAGUUCUGAAUUAUUUGCAGAUCUUUAUCAUCUUUUUCAAUGGAUCAAAUAUUUUUCAUGCUUUACCUCAUUGAAUGCUUUUGUGUAUUCUAUAUAACAGAUAUAUGAUAAUAAUAAUAAUAAUAAUAAUUUCUUAUUUCAAAUUGGCUCUUAUUGCUAGCUCACUUGCUAAUUUAAGCCAACCGAAACUUAAAUACAAGAUACUAUAAUAAAUUAAAUCUAAAUUACAAACGAGAGAAUACCAUUAAAGAAUAUUACUAUAAAAACCCUAAAUUACCUAUAUACAAUCUACACAUUCUACAAUUGCAAUGAAAAUAGUAGCUUGGAAUUUUUCUUUUGAAGUUGUUAAGUGUAUGGGACUCUUAUAUAGAAGAUGGCAUAGCAUGCCAUAUCCUAGACCCAAAAAACAUGCACUUUUAAUACCAUACCCUUUUGUUUUUAGUUUCGAUGCAAAAAUAUUUCUGCUUCGAAGAUGACAAGGUAAACAUUUCAGAACGAAAAUUUGUUUCAUGAAACAGUUUACGUUUCCAAUGCUCUUUCUGCCAGCAUCCUGAUAGCAAAUAUUGCGUUUUGUGUUCCUGCAUCUGGCACAAAACAGCUUUGUUCUACACCGAUCUCUUCUGGUUCUAACUUAUUCCUUGUUCUAUUUAUAAUUAUUACCAGCAGAAUUAUCAUAAUUAUUGGUCAUGUACCUCAUAAGGUUAAUUCGAUGCAACUAGUCAAUGUGUGUGAAUAAAGGAAAGAUCAUGAUUGCAAGCUGCUCGACGGACUCCGAUCGGUGGAAUUCUUGAGGCGAAAAGUCGAUAGAAAUGUAGCAAAUAUAGAACACUGCCACACACCCACACAAAACAACAAUAAAAACACACCAAAAUUAACUGUGGCUAAUACUUCGGCCUAGCAUACAGUGCUUCAUCACCUCCUCCUUUCUCAGAUGAUCUUCCGUUUAUUUUAGCAACCGUUGUCUCCUAUGGUCGUAGCUCUUUCACCUGAAACACAACUUCCCUUCUGAUAGCCAAUGGAAUUCGUUCUCAUCACUGAGCAAGGGGCCUGACCAGAUGCAGCCAGUUUGGCAAGCCGGACCUGAGCAAGUUUCUUAUCUUAACCGAGGAAUGUCGCUGUUUAACUUCUUACCGAGGAAAUGGUAAGCCAAUAACCUUGCACUUUUAACAAAACUUAAAAAUUUUAAGAAAAAGAAAGAAAAGAAAAAACUAGUUCUAAAUGUAAAAAGUUUUCAUCAAAAAAUUGUCAUUUUGGUAAGCCUAUAGCCUUGCAUUUUGACGAAAAUAAGAACCUCCAAAAAUGGUCAUUUUGGUAAGGCUAUAAUCUUGCUUUUUUGAAGAAAAUUGAAACCUCCAAAAUCCUAAUAUUCUGUGAAUAAAUCAUCUUCCAAAGAAGCAAAACCUUGUUUAUAACUGUAAAUAAAGAAAAUAGAGUAGAAAAAACAAAGCUUUGGACAAAAAAAUUCUUGUACAAAAAUGGUAAUUUUGGAAAGGCUAUAACCUUGCUUUUUUGACGAAAAUUAAAACCUCAAAAAGUCUAAUAUUUUUUGAAUAAAUCAUCUUCCAAAGAAGCAAAACGUCCUUUAUAACUGUAAAUAGAGAAAAUAGAGUAGAAAAAGCAAGGCUUUGGACUAAAAAAAUUCUUGUCCAAAACUGGUCAUUUUGGUAUAACCUUGCUUUUUUGACGAAAAUUAAAACCUCAAAAAGCCUAAUAUUUUGUGAUUAAAUCAUUUUCAAAAAAAGCAAAAGCUCGUUUAUAACUGUGAAUAAAGAAAAUACAGUAGAACAAGCAAGGCUUUGGACUAAAAAAAUUCUUGUCCAAAACUGGUCAUUUUGGUAUAACCUUGCUUUUUUGACGAAAAUUAAAACCUCAAAAAGCCUAAUAUUUUGUGAUUAAAUCAUUUUCAAAAAAAGCAAAAGCUCGUUUAUAGCAGUAAAUAAAGAAAUUAGAGUAGAAAAAACAAGGCUUUGGACUAAAAUAAUUCUUGUCCAAAACUGGUCAUUUUGGUAUAAUCUUGCUUUUUUGACGAAAAUUAAAACCUCAAAAAGCCUAAUAUUUUGUGAUUAAAUCAUUUUCAAAAAAAGCAAAAGCUCGUUUAUAGCAGUAAAUAAAGAAAUUAGAGUAGAAAAAACAAGGCUUUGGACUAAAAUAAUUCUUGUCCAAAAACGGUCAUUUUCGUAAGGCUAUAACUUGCUUUUUGACAAAAAUUAAAACCUCAAAAAGCCUGAUAUUUUAUGAAUAUAUUAUCUUCCUUAGAAGCAAAAGCUCCUUUAUAACUGUAAAUAAAGAAAAUAUAGUAGAAAAAACAAGGCUUUGGAGGAAAAAAUUCUUGUCCAAAAAAGGUCAUUUUGGUAGAGCUAUAACCUUGCUUUUUUGACGAAAAUUAAAACCUCAAAAAGCCUAAUAUUUUGUGAAUAAAUUAUUUUCCAAAGAAGCAAAACGUCCUUUAUAACUGUAAAUAAAGAAAAUAGAUUAGAAUAAACAAGGCUUUGGAGUAAAAAAAUUCUUGUCCAAAAAGGGUCAUUUUGGUAAGGCUAUAGCCUUGCUUUUUUUGACGAAAAUUAAAACCUCAAAAAGCCUGAUAUUUUGUGAAUAAAUUAUCUUCAAAAGAAGCAAAACGUCCUCUAUAACUGUAAAUAAAGAAAAUAGAGUAGAAAAAACAAGGCUUUGGUGUAAAAAAAUUCUUGUCCAAAAAGGGUCAUUUUGCUAAGGCUAUAACCUUGCUUUUUUGACGAAAAUUAAAACCUCAAAAAGCCUGAUAUUUUGUGAAUAAAUCAUCUUCCCAAGAAGCAAAACGUCCUCUAUAACUGUACAUAAAGAAAAUAGAUUAGAAUAAACAAGGCUUUGGAGUAAAAAAUUCUUGUCCAAAAAGGGUCAUUUUGGUAAGGCUAUAACCUUGCUUUUUUUGACGAAAAUUAAAACCUCAAAAAGCCUAAUAUUUUGUGAAUAAAUUAUUUUCCAAAGAAGCAAAACGUCCUUUAUAACUGUAAAUAAAGAAAAUAGAUUAGAAAAAACAAGGCUUUGGAGUAAAAAAAUUCUUGUCCAAAAAGGGUCAUUUUGGUAAGGCUAUAACCUUGCUUUUUUGACGAAAAUUAAAACCUCAAAAAGCCUGAUAUUUUGUGAAUAAAUCAUCUUCCAAAGAAGCAAAACGUCCUUUAUAACUGUAAAUAAAGAAAAUAGAGUAGAAAAAACAAGGCUUUGGACUAAAAAAGUUCUUGUCCAAAAAGGGUCAUUUUGGUAAGGCUAUAACCUUGCUUUUUCGACGAAAAUUAAAACCUCAAAAAGCCUGAUAUUUUGUGAAAAAAUUAUCUUCAAAAGAAGCAAAACGUCCUCUAUAACUGUAAAUAAAGAAAAUAGAGUAGAAAAAACAAGGCUUUGGAGUAAAAAAAUUCUUGUCCAAAAAGGGUCAUUUUGGUAAGGCUAUAGCCUUGCUUUUUUGACGAAAAUUAAAACCACAAAAAGCCUAAUAUUUUGAGAAUAAAUUAUCUUCCAAAGAAGUAAAACGUCCUUUAUAACUGUAAAUAAAGAAAAUAGAGUAGAAAAAACAAGGCUUUGGAGUAAAAAAAUUCUUGUCCAAAAAGGGUCAUUUUGGUAAGGCUAUAACCUUGCUUUUUUGACGAAAAUUAAAACCUCAAAAAGCCUGAUAUUUUGUGAAUAAAUCAUCUUCCCAAGAAGCAAAACGUCCUCUAUAACUGUAAAUAAAGAAAAUAGAGUAGAAAAAACAAGGCUUUGGAGUAAAAAAAUUCUUGUCCAAAAAGGGUCAUUUUGGUAAGGCUAUAACCUUGCUUUUUUGACGAAAAUUAAAACCUCAAAAAGCCUGAUAUUUUGUGAAUAAAUCAUCUUCCAAAGAAGCAAAACGUCCUUUAUAACUGUAAAUAAAGAAAAUAGAGUAGAAAAAACAAGGCUUUGGAGUAAAAAAUUCUUGUCCAAAAAGGGUCAUUUUGGUAAGGCUAUAACCUUGCUUUUUUUGACGAAAAUUAAAACCUCAAAAAGCCUGAUAUUUUGUGAAUAAAUCAUCUUCAAAAGAAGCAAAACGUCCUUUAUGACUGUAAAUAAAGAAAAUAGAUUAGAAAAAACAAGGCUUUGGAGUACAAAAAUUCUUGUCCAAAAAGGGUCAUUUUGGUAAGGCUAUAACCUUGCUUUUUUGACGAAAAUUAAAACCUCAAAAAGCCUGAUAUUUUGUGAAUAAAUCAUCUUCCAAAGAAGCAAAACGUCCUUUAUAACUGUAAAUAAAGAAAAUAGAGUAGAAAAAACAAGGCUUUGGAGUAAAAAAUUCUUGUCCAAAAAGGGUCAUUUUGGUAAGGCUAUAACCUUGCUUUUUUGACGAAAAUUAAAACCUCAAAAAGCCUGAUAUUAUGUGAAUAAAUCAUCUUCCCAAGAAGCAAAACGUCCUUUAUAACUGUAAAUAAAGAAAAUAGAGUACAAAAAACAAGGUUUUGAUGUAAAAAAAUUCUUGUCCAGAAAGGGUCAUUUUGGUAAGGCUAUAACCUUGCUUUUUUGACGAAAACUAAAACCUCAAAAAGCCUGAUAUUUUGUGAAUAAAUCAUCUUCCCAAGAAGCAAAACGUCCUCUAUAACUGUAAAUAAAGAAAAUAGAGUAGAAAAAACAAGACUUUGGACUAAGAAAAAUCUUGUCCAAAAAGGGUCAUUCUGGUAAGGCUAUAACCUUGCUUUUUUGACGAAAACUAAAACCUCAAAAAGCCUAAUAUUUUGUGAAUAAAUUUUCUUCCAAAGAAGCAAAACCUUGUUUAUAACUGUAAAUAAAGAAAAUAGAGUAGAAAAAACAAGGCUUUGGACUAAAAAAAUGUUGUCCAAAAAUGGUCAUUUUGGUAAGGUUAUAGGUUUGCCAUUUUGAGGAAAAUUAGAACCUCCAAAAAACCAAAUAUUUUACGAAUAACUCAUCUUCCAGAGAAGCAAAACGUCCGUUAGCUCUGGAAAUAAAAAAAUAUAGUAGUAAAAACAAGUCGUUCGACUAAAAAAAUUCUUGUCCAAAAAUGGUCAUUUUGGUAAGGCUAUAGCCUUGUUUUUUUGACGAAAAUUAGGACCUCCAAAAAACCAACUGUUUUGUGAAUAAAUCAACUUCGAUGGAUGGAGAAUGUCGUAGAACAGAAAAAACCAAGGUUUCUGACUAAAAAAUCUCGUUGAAAAACGGUUAUGAUGGUAAGGCUACGCAUAGGUUUGCUUUUUUGACGAACAUUGGAACUCCAAAAAACUUUAAUUCUGGAAGAUAUAUUGCCUUUGAUUGCUGGAAAAGCAUCGUAAUAUCCGUUACGUUAAUAGAAACAAAUUGUACAUAA